GUCCUACGCCGCCUCACCGGCAAGUGCCUCAUGGCACACGUGCGGGAAGCUGCGCGGGAGCACCUCUUCCCUACUCAGCUUGGAGUUGCUGUCCCGGGCGGAGCUGAAGUUGCUGUCCACACUGUCCGGGCUUGGGUGGGACCACUUCCCUGCCUUGGCCCGCUGGGUUGCCUGGACCUAUGGGCGGCCCACCAUUCUUCAGUUUGGAGAUGCAGCUAUCCCGUCAGCAACGGGAGUCCAGCAGGGCGAUCCGCUCGGCCCUCUGCUUUUUGCGGCCCAUGGCCGCCGCGCUUCAGUGGCCUGGACCUUGGGCUCUUCUACCUCGAUGACGGGGUGCUGGCUGGUGAUGUUCCAGCCGUGGCGGCUGCUCUGACGCAAACGCAAAGACAAGCAGCGACGUUGGGCUUGCGGCUGAACCUGCGGAAGUGUGAGGUGGUGGCAGUCGGAGACGUCUCACUGGGCGACCUCGUGGCCCACUUCCCGGGUGAACUUCUUCGAGAACUAGACGGUAGCAGCAAAGUCCUCCGCAACUUCGAGCUACUGGGAGCCCCCGUUGGUGACUUGGCUUCGACUAAGCCGCACGCCCUGACCCGAGUUGCGGGCGCUAAGGCCUUGCUUGAGGCUCUUGGUGAGCUAGACGACCCGCAGGUUGGCCUCCGGCUUCUCCGUGCUUGUGCGGGACACUGCCGCCUCGUGCACAGCAUGCGGUGUGCGCCGCCUGAGUUCCAGAUGGAGGGUUUCCGCGAGUUUGACCAACUGGUGCGCAGUUGCUUCAGCAGUUUAACUGGCCUCCACCUCGAUACCGGCCAGUGGGAGCAGGCUGGGCUUGGGUUCGCCCUUGGAGGUCUUGGCUUGCGGUCUACCGUUUUGGACGUAGACGGGCACUUCUCUACUGCGGCAGUCCCCACCAGGCCUGACGUGCAGCAGGCUUUGGCCGAGCUCAACCGGCAUGCUGCUGCGCCCCUUACUGCCCCCACAGCCCUCAUGCUGAAACAGAAGCCGUUGACUGCAGGCCUGGACAACAACAGCUGGGAACGGCGUUUGGCUGCUGGCACUACGGCAGCGCAAGCAGUACUAAGGUCAGAGGCUGAGCCUGGUGCCCGGGCCUUCCUGGCAGCGGUACCCAACGGGCGAAAGCGGAUGGAGGCGGGAGUGUUUGUGGCGGAGCUACGUCAACGGCUUGGCCUGCCGGACGCUGUGCUGGAUGCUUGGUGCCCAAGAUGUGACUGUGUCCUGGACAGGUUCUCGUACCAUGCUGGCCUCUGCUCUGCGGGUGGCGAGAGAACCCUGAGACACCAUGCCCUGCGUGACGUCCUUUGCUCGUGGGCCGAGCGGGCUGGCCUGCAGCCUGAACGUGAAAAGCCGGGCCUGCUGUUGCCUUCUUACCUGG